CCCUUUUGAUUUCUUAUAUGUUUUUCCCUUUUCCCUAAUCCCACUUUCUAUUUUGGUUUUUUAUUUCCAUUUCCUGCUUUUUACUCCUUUGAAUCAUAUCUGUUUCUAUCACUUCUUCCUUAUUCUAUCUUUCUCCUGCUUACUCUCACUCCAAUCUUUGUGAAAUCUGCUUUAAUUUACUGCUUAUUUGCUGUUUUUGAAACUUGCUGUGUGAUUUGUGGCGUUUUUUUUUCUUCUAGGGUUUCGUUUGCUUCUGGUUGUUAUUGUUCUUUUUAGCUCAGAAUUUGUUGUGGGGUUGUUUUAUUUUUCGUUUUGAGUUGAGGGUUCUGCUUUAAGCUCACGGCUCGAAGCUGAAAAGUUGACUCCCGUUUACUUUCCUGGUUAUAGUAAUUAAAGAAUCGGAUCUUUAUGAGUUUUGCUUUCUUCAUAAUCUUUUAGCCCUUUUUGCCCUAUUUUUCAGCUGGUUUGAGCUCGUUGAAACCGAUGAAUACGCUUUUUGUGACUGCUUUGACUUGAUUGUUUUUGCUGUAUCUACUGAAUUUUUGUACUGGAAACUAAGGCAGGAGAGGGAAAUUACAGAAACAUUGUUGGGGUUUAUUUAUUUUUGAAGUGUGAUUAAUUUAUGUUGAAUUUGAUUGUUUAGAUGAUCUGAUGGAGGAUGAGAUGGGGAAGGUGCGUCAGCCAUUUGAGCUGACUGGAGGUCGAAAUUUCUAACGAUGGUUUCUUAAGUGGAUUCUUCGUUUGGUCUUCUGAUUCCAGUGGAGCUUUUUCAUUACUGUAUCUGUGUUGGUUAUUCGUUUUGGAGUCACAAAUGGAUGACAGUGGACACCGUGAGAAUGGAAGGCACAAACCAGAUCAGUAUAAGUCAGCUCAGGGUCAGUGGAUGAUGCAGCAUCAGCCCUCAAUGAAGCAGAUAAUGGCAAUUAUGGCUGAAAGAGACGCAGCCAUUCAAGAAAGAAAUUUGGCCCUCUCGGAGAAAAAGGCUGCACUGGCAGAGCGAGACAUGGCAUAUCUACAGCGAGACGCUGCAAUUGCAGAGAGGAACAAUGCCCUUUUGGAACGAGACAACGCCAUUGCUACUCUUCAGUAUCGUGAAAACUCCAUAAAUAACAAUUUAUCAUGUCCACCAGGAUGCCAAAUUGCUAGGGGAGUGAAGCAUAUACAUCAUCCACAGCAGCAACACACACAUCAUGUGCCUCACAUGAAUGAGAAUAAUUACAAUUCAAGAGAAAUGCUUGCUUCCAACGACCCUUGCCCAACAUCCCCUGUCGCUUCUGAAUCAACAAAGGCACGACGAAACAAGCGUCCAAAAGAGGGAAAGACAGUCCCAACACCAAACAAGAAAGUUUCAAAAGGUCCACGGAAGGUCAAAAGGGAGGCUGAAGACUUGAACAAAAUAAUGUUGGGGAAGUCACAAGAAUGGAAGGAUGGAAUUGGUAUAAUGAGUGCAGGUGACGAUCUUAAUAAACAGUUGGUAGUAUCAAAAUCAGAUUGGAAAGGCCAGGAUUUAGGAUUAAACCAGGUUGCAUUUGACGAAUCAACCAUGCCAGCUCCUAUAUGCUCCUGCACAGGAGUAAUAAGACAAUGCUACAAAUGGGGGAAUGGUGGAUGGCAAUCUGCAUGUUGUACUACCACCCUCUCAAUGUAUCCAUUACCUGCCGUUCCCAACAAACGACAUGCUCGACUUGGCGGUCGGAAAAUGAGCGGAAGUGCUUUUAACAAACUGCUUAGCCGCCUUGCAGCCGAAGGCCACGACCUAUCCGCUCCAGUUGAUCUUAAAAAUCACUGGGCAAAGCAUGGAACAAAUCGUUACAUCACCAUCAAGUAGAGUCACUAGCUUAUUAAGGAAGAGUAGCUUACAAAGAGUAGAAAGAAAUGGAAGGAAUUCCCAAAGUAGCUAAGGCAAACAACUGCCUCAGAAUUUCCUUUCGCUUUCAGCUAAAGAAUAAAGGAUAGAAUAACAUCCAUAAAAAAAAAAAAGGAGUUGGAAGCUAUCUCUCGCCUUCAACUUCAAAGGUUUCUCAGCCUCUCACAUUCAUCAAGUAUGUUCGAAAGUAAGGCCAGAGCCAAGUUCUUCAAAGAGCCCAUUGCAAUUCUUUACUUUCCACUUUUUUUUGAAGUGCUUUUCUCUUUAAAGCCAUGGCGAGAUCCUACUUGGUUCAAAUAACUGUAAAGGUAUGUGUUUAUUGGUAUUAUGUUGAGGGUUGUACUUGUAUCAGAAUGUGGCCCGUCAUCAUUUUGUAGCAUUAAGUCUGUAUUAUCUUACAAGAUGCAUCUGUUUAUGCAUCUUCAGUGAAACUCAAUCCAUUAGGUACAAUGUUAUAAUCAUCAGCAGCUCAUGAACUCUUCCACUGUCA